AUGGCGAAUAUGUUUGGUUCGGCAUGGCGCUCCUUUUGGCAUACCAUGACCUCCAAUGACCGUCAUGCCUCCCACGACUCUCCCUACCGUACUGGACAACAUGUUCCUCUCAGCCAAAGCCGCCAUGAGCCUCUUACAUCCAUCGCAACGAGCGCAAUCGAGUCCCGCCCCGAUCUCUCCAAUCCCUACGAUGACGAGCCGUCCAAGGGUUCGGCAACCGCCCAAACCUCCGAAUGGACUGGCUCCCCCAGUGAAGACUCUCCGACUCGCCCUUACUCACCUGGCAUGAGAUCUGUCGCAUCUCAGAAGAGACGGUCCAAUGACCAGGGCGAAGGCGCACCCGAGAUCCAGAUGCAGAGUUUCCACGAUGGGGCACCGCCUCCGCCACCGGUCGCUCACUCCUGGAGGAAAAUUGAGCGCUGGUUAGAACACAAUUACGAAGAGCUCUUUGACCAGCUUUGCGAAGGGUGCACCCAGAACGAUAUCAAUGAAUUGGAGCAUGAACUCGACUGCAGUCUGCCAUUAGAGUUGCGCGAAUCGCUGAUGUGCCACGAUGGCCAGGAGCGCGGUGGCUUGCCCACUGGUGUCCUCUUUAGCGCCAUGCUUAUGGAUUGUGAAGAGAUCGUGCAGGAGUGGAACAACUGGAAGCGGGUCAACGAUGAAUAUCUCAGCAACAUGCACGUCCCUGUGUCCAGCUCUGCGGCAAGCUCCUCGGCUGGUCCGUCUCAGCAGAGCGGUUCCCCCAUGUGGAGAUCGGAAUUGCUGGACCGUCAGGAGUCCCAGCCUCCCGGGGCUGUUCAAAAAGCAUACGCACACCCAGCUUGGAUUCCCCUCGCCCGUGAUUGGGGUGGCAACAACAUUGCGAUUGAUCUGGCACCCGGUCCCGCUGGAAAAUGGGGCCAGGUGAUUAUUUUUGGUCGCGAUUACGAUUGUAAAUACGUCAUUGCUCGGUCGUGGUCUGCAUUCCUGGCCACGUUCGCUGAUGAUCUGUGCAGCGGCAAGGUCAUCGUCGAUGAGGAGACAAACGAGCUCAAGCUGAAGGAGUUCCGCUCCCAGAAUGUCGAGCCCCCAUACCUGGAGAUCCUGCGCUGGAGAACGGAUCAGAAGUUUGGCCGUCGUGCGCCUCGUCGCAAGGGUCCUGGUCCCAACGGUCUAGGUGUGAAUGCUUCAGGCAACCGGUCCAGCAGCCGGGAGUCGCCCUACGGCAGCCCAACACGAGCCGAGGAACGUGGCCGCUCGCCGCACCGUUUCUCCAAGGGAGGAUCAGCUCAGAGCCCCAAGACGCAAUUUGGUGUCUCCAGCCCUCUUGCCCGCGUGACUGAAGAAACAACGAGUCCCGUGGUCACUACUGGACCUACCAUCUCCGAGGACCCCAAGGAGACAGGGAAUGGCAAGGAGCCCCAGACAGAAGACCUGAUGGAGGUGGCCACCCCGCAAAUCUCCAACAAGGAGAACGAGGGAUUCCCCAAGGUCGAUUCUAAGGAGAAUGACAAGAUCGACAAGAGCGACGCCACCGCAGAAUCUUCUACUGCCAUGGACUCGGAGGUGCUGGGUGAAAUGAAGAACGUGGCGAUUUAG